UUGUGCAUGUGGAUAUUUCUUUCUUUCAGCGGUCCGUUACAUUGUUUGAUCUCCGUGAUCCGGUCGGGGGUAUUUUAUUCACACUCACAGGCUCUCGAACAUGUAGAUGUGAAUAAACAGUUAGUGAUUCAUUUGACGCUUGAUUCGUGAGACUUAAAACCGAGUAUGAAGAAUAAACACUGACGUGAAGACGCUCAGGAGCCUGUUUAUAAUGGGCUUCUUUUUCAUCUUCAGGAAAUGAUUCAUAUUUAAAACACCAUGCCUCCAGUGACCUCUCAGGAACUCCCUCUCAAUAUCUAUGUGGUCAUCUUUGGCUCUGGGAUCUUGGUCUUUGUUUUAAGCCUUAUAUUCUGCUGCUUCUUUAUAAGUAAACUGAGACAUCAAGCUUACAAUGUGAGAGCUGGAUACAAGCUGGUUGUAUUUGAAAAUGAAACAACAUGGUUACAUGCACAUGUGUUAACAUGUGCAGUCUGUUUGGAGGACUUCAGGACAAAGGAUGAGCUUGGAGUGUUGCCAUGCCAACAUGCCUUUCACAAGAGGUGUCUGGUGAAGUGGCUGGAAGUGAGAUGUUCAUGUCCCAUGUGCAACAACCCCAUCAGUGCUGCUCUGGGACAAACACACAGGCCGGGAAACCUGCUGGAUGAGCUGCUUUAAACCUCCUUUUCUGCCAAACUUGAACCUCAUUAAGGGUUAACUUCGAAUGAGAUUCAAGCUACAUUUUAAUCUUGAACAAUUCAGACAAAAGGACGUUUAUUUUAAAAUACUGCUGUUGCAAAGCAUCAUUUGUAAAGUCUUUGUCCGUUUUGUUUAAAAUGUUUGCAUAAUGUCUAUAUACAAUAUUGUGGGUUUCUUUUGUGUGUGUCCGGUGUUAAUCAUUUAGAUAAUUUUCAAGUAUUCACUUAAUUUAUAUUUAGUGGGACAUAAAAAAACUGCCAGUUUGAAAUCUUUAAGUUCAUUAUUUUAGCGUGAUUACAUUACUACUUUGGCUUUUAGUAUUUUUUUUCCCCAAAUGAGUUUAUUAAAUAUAGUUUUCCCUAUGUAGUUAAUUUUAUUAGUUUACUAGUUUUAGUACAAGAAUUUAAAUUAAACGAAACCAUUUGCCACAGUCAGCUGAAAUAAAAAAGCCUUAAUUGACGUUAUUUCGAAUAACUUUUGUGGUUUUAUUUUUAGUUAAUCCUUAUGAGAACCACUGCACUAAAGUGCCGCCACCUGCUGGCCACUAGAAAGAACUGCAGCAGAACGCUGCCAUUUUAGAACCAAAAGACUUUAAUGGGCUACUUUUGACUU